AUGUUCUCGUCACUCCUCAGUUCAGCCAGAGACAUAUUGGAAAAUGCUUCUAACCAGCCGCCAGCAAACGCCCAGCAAACAAGACCACAACCACCACCACAGCAAACAAAUGCCGCAGGAAGACAAGAGGGCGGUGGUGACUUGCUGAGCGGAAUUCUUCAAGCGGUUGGAAAGUCACUAAGUGAGGGGAAUCAACCACCCACUCAACAGGCUCCACCGCCUCCACCUCCACCACCUGCGGAUCAUUUAGCUGAUGGGAACCAAUCAGCGAAGGGCUUUAAUAUCCGACCGGAGGAUGUCGCUCUGAUAACGAAAGGACUCGGAGUACUGGGUAAGCUUAUCAAUAAUUGCUUUUAUUCGGAGCUAUAG